CAGAUUAUUAAUUAACAAAUAUUGUCCCUUUUCUCAUCCUUAAUUUGUACGAACGCCGAUAAAAUUACAUAGUACAUCAGUCAUUCACAUUGAAAAUGUUUCCUUUUCUUCUUCUUCUUUUGCUUUUGUGAGCUCCACAAUGCAUUCAUUAAACCAGUAGUCCAGUACCACAAUGUUUCACCAUUUUCCAGGAAAUGAAAAGAGGCCUAAAUUGUGAGCUCCAAUGUUCCAUGACCCUUUUGCUUUUGUCUCAAAAACCAUGACUCAACAUUUGUUAUAGCCAUAGGUUUCACUAUUUCAAGACCCUUUUGUUUCAGUGACACUUGCAGGGGUUCCCUUCUCAGUGAGCCAAUGGGAAAAGUCACAAGGUGGCUCAAACGCUUGUUUGGGAUAAAAGAAAACAGACAACACAAACAAAGCUCAAACUCUAAAGACCCCAAGAACAUGAAAAAUGGUUCUUUUUCUGUUUCUGAGAGUAAUUCUAGACUCUUGUUUCACACCUCAGCUACAAUUCCACCUAACAUUUCUCCAGCAGAAGCUUCUUGGUUACAAUCUUUCCACACUGAAAGGGAAAAGGAGCAGAACAAGCACGCCAUUGCGGUGGCUGCAGCCACUGCAGCAGCAGCUGAUGCUGCCGUGGCUGCUGCACAAGCUGCAGUGGCGGUGGUUAGGCUCACAAGUCAUGGAAGGGGAACCAUGUUUGGUGGUGGUGGUCAUGAGAAGAUGUGUGCUGCUGUUAAGAUUCAAACAUUGUUCAGGGGAUACCUGGCAAAGAAAGCACUGAGAGCCUUAAAAGGAUUGGUGAAGUUACAAGCACUUGUGAGAGGGUAUUUAGUGAGGAAGCAAGCAAAAGAAACUCUGCAUAGUAUGCAAGCUCUUGUUAGAGCUCAAUCUACUGUUCUGUCUCAGAAAUCUUGCAGGCUCAUGAACACAAAGAAUGAAGCAUGUAGACUUCAAAACCGAGCACGAAGAUCCAUGGAGAGAUUUGAUGACACUAGGAGUGAGUGCACAGGUCCAAUCCACAGUAGAAGAUUGUCAUCUUGUUUUGAUGCUACAAUUAACAGUAUUGAUGGGAGCCCCAAAAUAGUGGAAGUGGAUUCUUUCAGUGGCAGGUCUAAGUCAAGAUCUCGCAGAACUAACAUGUCAAAAUCAGAUUUUGGUGAUGACCCAUCAUUCCAAGCACUUACCUCUUCCCUUCCAAUAUCCAUACCAGAACAGAGGAAUUCCCAUGACUCUGAUUGGGGGUUAACAGGGGAAGAAGAAUGCAGGUUCUCAACAACAGCACAUAGCACUCCACGGUUCACACAUUCUUGUAGUUGUAGUGGCACACCAAAGAGAGAUAACAACUAUUUCUUAAGGAAAUAUGGGAAUUUUCCCAAUUACAUGGCAAGUACUCAGUCUUUCAAGGCCAAAUUGAGGUCUCAUAGUGCUCCAAGGCAAAGGCCAGAACCAGGUCCAAAGAAGAGACUUUCCCUCAGUGAAAUGAUGAUGGAAUCUAGGAACAGUUUAAGUGGGGUUAGAAUGCAGCAGAGAUCUUCUUGUUCACAGGUUCAGGAAGUCACUGAUUUUAAGAAUGCUGUAAUGGGUAACCUUCAGAAAUCCACAGGAUCUUGAAGGGAGGCAGACAGAAACCACUUUUGUGUGUGGUAACUUAAGAAGAUUCAUGAGCUCUCUUUGGUUUUCACAGUGUUUAGUACUAAAUUCUCUGUUUCUGUGCCCCUAGAUGGCCAAUGUGCAGAGAGAUGCAUGGGUGUUGGGAAACAAGGGAGUGUGAAGACAAAAUAGGAGGACAGAAAUAAGAAGGUCCACAUUGUCUAGUGAGAUUGUUUAGCAAUUGAAUUUUCAUAUAAUUAUCAGUAUAACCAAAUGCAAGAGUCAUUAGUUUGCCUUAAACUCCCUACAUGCUUUCUUAUUUGUUCUUUUCUAAUUUUCAGUGUAGCAGUGUUUUUUAUUGGUGAUAGUGAAAUUUCAG